UCGUGCUGCUCAGAUCCAGAACAGCCUCCCCCAUUCUCGCGGUCAGAUUGUACCUAUACAGCCGUGUAUGAAAGGCCCACACGGCCAACAAGACUGGCAGUCGCUGCCGCAAUGUAGGUCUUAACGACCCUGAAGAUGCAGGAGUUUCGGAUACAAAAAGUCAAGGACACCUGGUCUAAAACGACUUCAGCUCAGUUAAGGUUUAACGUCUAAAAAGUAGCGGUCCAGUUGCAGCAACGCGCUUUAUUUGGGACUGAAAGUGAGCCAAUAUGCCGAGAUGAGAGCUUCUUCUUCCCGACUCUCCAGCUUCCCCUCCCGGGACUCCCUCUUGAGCCGGAUGCCGGAUCAGAUCUCGGUAUGCGAGUUCCUGUCGGAGACCACAGAGGACUACAAUUCCCCCACCACGUCCAGCUUCACCACACGCCUGCAGAGCUGCAGAAACACCGUCACCGUGUUGGAGGAGGCUUUAGACCAGGACCGCACUGCCCUACAGAAGGUCAAGAAGUCAGUGAAAGCUGUCUACAACUCUGGCCAAGACCACAUCCAGAACGAGGAGAACUACAGCCAGGCUCUGGAUAAGUUCGGCGGGAACUUCAUGAGCCGGGACAAUGUUGACCUGGGGACGGCCUUCAUCACCUUCUCAGGCCUCAUCCAGGAGCUGUCAGUGCUCCUCAAGAACCUGCUGCAGAGUCUCAGUCAUAAUGUCGUCUUCUCCUUGGAUUCUCUGUUGAAGGGAGACCUGAAGGGUGUGAAAGGGGACAUCAAGAAACCCUUUGACAAGGCCUGGAAGGACUAUGAGACCAAGUUCUCUAAGAUAGAGAAGGAGAAGAGGGAACAUGCUAAGCAGCAUGGUAUGAUCCGUACAGAGAUCACCGGAGCUGAGAUCGCUGAGGAGAUGGAGAAGGAGAGGAGACUGUUCCAACUGCAGAUGUGUGAGUACCUCAUCAAGGUGAAUGAGAUCAAAACCAAAAAGGGGGUGGACCUGCUGCAGAACCUCAUCAAGUAUUACCACGCUCAGUGCAAUUUUUUCCAGGAUGGUCUGAAGACGGCUGAUAAGUUGAAGCAGUACAUUGAGAAACUGGCAACCGAUCUGUCCAACAUCAAGCAGAGUCAAGACGAGGAGAAGAAGCAGCUGACCGCGCUCAGGGAACUCAUCAAGGACUCCCUGCAGCUGGAGCAGAAGGAGUCGAGGAGAGACUCCCAGAGCAGACAGGCUGGGUACAGCAUGCACCAGCUUCAGGGGAACAAGGAGUUUGGCUGUGAGAAGAAAGGCUACCUCUUAAAGAAAAGUGAUGGGAUAAGAAAGGUCUGGCAGAGGAGGAAGUGCUCCGUCAAGAGUGGGAUCCUUACCAUCUCCCACGCAACAUCUAACAGGCAGCCUGUAAGACUGAACCUGUUGACCUGUCAGGUGAAACCAGGCGGGGAUGACAAAAAAUGCUUUGACCUCAUUUCCUAUAACAGAACGUACCACUUCCAGGCGGAGGAUGAGCAGGAGUUUGUCAUUUGGAUCUCGGUGCUGACCAACAGUAAGGAGGAGGCGCUGAACGUGGCGUUCCAGGGGGGAGGCGCUCAGAGCACGGCGGGGGACAGCUCCAUGGAGGAGCUGACCCGGAGCGUCAUCGAGGAAGUGCUCAGGAUGCCCGGCAACGACUCCUGCUGUGACUGUGGAGCGGCAGACCCCCGCUGGAUCUCCACCAACCUGGGGGUGGUUACCUGCAUCGAGUGCUCGGGCAUCCACAGGGAGAUGGGCGUCCACGUGUCCCGGAUCCAGUCCCUGGAGCUGGACAAGCUGGGCACCUCUGAGCUGCUGGUUGCUAAGAAUGUUGGGAACAGUAGUUUUAAUGAGAUCCUGGAAGGAAACCUUCCCUCGGCAUCCGCUAAGCCCAGCCCGUCCAGCGACAUGUCUGUGAGGAGGGAGUACAUUAACGCCAAAUACAUCGACCACAAGUUCACCAGGCGGACCGCUGCCAUGGCGACGGGCCGGGUGGCGGAGGUGUACGAUGCGGUGCGCUCUCGAGACCUGCUGUCACUCAUCAAGCUGUACGCAGAGGGGGCGGAGCUAUUGGAGCCACUGCCCGACGCUGAGAAGGAGUCUGGAGAGACCGUUCUUCACUACUGCGUGAGGACCUCGGACCACACUUCCCUCCACCUGGUUGACUUCCUGGUCCAGAACAGUGGUAAUCUGGACCGCCAGACGGAGAGCGGGAACACGGCGCUCCACUACUGCUGUCUGUACGAGAAACACCAGUGUGUCAAGCUGCUACUGAGGGGCAAACCUGCCAUUGACAUCGCCAAUCAGAGUGGUGAGACGGCUCUGGACAUUGCCAGGAGACUGAGGAAUGGCCAGUGUGAGGAACCGCUGCUGGAGGCUGCUUCUGGCAGGUUUAAUCCUCACGUCCACGUGGAGUUUGACUGGAACCUCCGCAUGGAGGAGCUGGACGACAGCGAUGACGAGCUGGACGACAAGUGUAGUCCAGUGAAGAAGGACCGCUCCCCCCGCCCUCAGAGCUUCUGUCAGAGCUUCUCCUCCAGCGGGUCCUCACAGGAUAAACUCGGUCUCCCAGGAGGCUUUGCCCCCCACCGGGACAAGCAGCGGCUGUCGUACGGCGCCUUCGCUAACCCUGUGUUCAGCAGCUCCACCGACAACCCUCCCUCCCCCGGGCCCGACUCAGGGACCCCGGCCCCCGUCAGGAACCUGGGGAAAGGUAUCCCGGCUGACCCGCCCACCUCGCUGCCUCUUAACUCCGCCCCCUGUGGAACAGCAGGUGGAAGCUCCACCCUCAAGAAGAGACCUCCACCACCCCCACCCGAACACAAGCGCACUAUGUCCGACCCCCCCAGCCCUGUGAUGCAAGGUCACCACAGCAAGGGAUGUGACUUCACUCCCUCAACAGGAAGUGACUUCUCCCAGACAGGAAGCAGAAGCUCACCUGGUAACAAGUUUGAGGGACACCAGCAGCAGCAAAGCACCAACACUAGCAACACAAAGUCCACUCUGGGACCACGGGUUCUUCCCAAACUACCUCAGAAAGUGGCUCUAAGGAAGAUCGACACAGUCCACCUCCCCUCGUUGGACAAGUCCUCGCAGCCCACCCAGAGGCCCUCCCCCUCGCCCUCCGACCCCGCCCAGAAGUCCCCGCCCUUCAUCGACGCCUCCCCGAAGCCCCCCCCCACGCCCGUCGACUCCACACAGCAGAGACUCCCAUUGGCCGAGAAGCCCUCGCUGGCCGACCUGCCGCCCAAACCCCAACUGAAGGACCUGCCCCCCAAGCCCCAGCUGGCCCAGCGACCCCGGCUCUCCGGCCCGCCCCCUCACGCCGCCGUUACCACGGAGACGGCGAGCUCCGGCGGGAAUGACAGCAAGUCUGUCCAGCAGGGGGAGCCGGAGGAGCAGGAGACCAACGGAACCACGUCGGACGCCGUGGAGACGCCCAUCCCUCUGCCACGCAAACUCAACACGGGCAAGGCCAAGACGCGCCGCGUGAAGACCAUCUACGACUGCCAGGCGGACAACGACGACGAGCUGACCUUCGCCGAGGGGGAGGUGAUCGUGGUGACAGGGGAGGAGGACCAGGAGUGGUGGAUCGGGCACGUCGAGGGCUACCCGGAACGCCGCGGCGUCUUCCCCCUGUCCUUCGUCCACAUCCUGUCAGACUGACAGACAGCUCGGUGGUCGCCUCCCCAAAGCACAAGCCCCGCCCCCGACGCCCCCCCCCCCCCCCCCCCCCCCCUGGGCGGUUCCGGCCCGGUUCUGUGUAAAUAGCUGCUGUAGCAAAAAGAAGCCGGCUGCCAGUGUGUUCCCAUAGUAACCCAGCAUGCUCGCACUGGCUGGGAGGCUCUGUAACUGUAUAGCUAAUGUAUAGCUACCAAGACAUCUCUUAUCUGUUCAGACGUAUACCCCACCUGUACAUGUACAGCCUUGUUUACAUAGCAAGGAGAGAGUGUGUGUGUGUGUGUGUGUGUGUGUGUGUGUGUGUGUGUGUGUGUGUGUGUGUGUGUGUGUGUGUGUGUGUGUGUGUGUGUGUGUGUGUGUGUGUGUGUGUGUGUGUGUGUGUGUAUGUUGAACCCAUCUAGAUCUCCACAGUAUUAUAUAUGUCUAUGUCUCACUACACCCCCCUCCCCCCGGAGGAUUUCCUGGAGUAGCUUCUGGAAGAUAUUUAUUCCAUGUUCCGCAGUAAAUGAAUCAGGUAUGGGGCUGGAGUUUACGCUGCAGGAGUGAGAGGGAAUUGACUGGAUUUCACUGGACUUUACCAACACAAUAGUACUUCCUAGCAGACUUCUGCUUCUACACAUCCCAUAAUACGAGGGGGUAGCCUGACAGUAUUAUAUCUUGAAUAACAGAACAUUGUGAGGAAAUUCUGUCCCCUGCAACGCUGCACACAAUCCGUUGUCACGGCAAUGCUCGAUAACUCCUGUAGAUUUCAUUAAGUUAAUAUGUAGUAUGAUGUAUGGUGUGUUUAACGUCAAUAUGUUUAUUGGAAUCCAAGCUGAAAGGUUCUUUGUUCAAUCCCCUUGAGCAAGCUGUCUACCCCCUACCUGCUCCUUAAUGACAUGUUUCCGUACUAUCCAGCAUCUACAUGCUCCUUAAUGACCUAUCUCUGUAUAUUCACUGUCUAACCCCUACCUGCUCCUUAAUGACCUGUAUCUGUAUUCACUGUCUAACCCCAAUCUGUUCCUUAAUGACCUGUCCCUGUACUGUCUAACCCCUACCUGUUCCUUAAUGACCUAUCCCUGUACUGUCUAACCCCUACCUGCUCCUUAAUGACCUGUCUCUGUACUGUCUAACCCCUACCUGCUCCUUAGUGACCCGUCUCUGUACUGUCUCACCCCUACCUGCUCCUUAGUGACCCGUCUCUGUCACCCCUGUGAAGGGGGUCUUGGAUGGCAGAAUCAGUGCUACCUAUGGGCUCGGUCCUAUGUGUUACUUGGUGCUUGACUUGGUAGCGAUCCACUUUAGGCACGCUGCAUAAAAGUGUUUCCUCAAUGACUUGGAAGACAUUGGGGGCUGGGGCAGAGGUCGGGGUGGUGGGUGGUCCAUAGGGUUAAGUUAGGGUUAUUGUAGGGUUAGUGUCUGUGUUUUUUAGAAGUGCAGGGUUAUUCUAGAAGAAUGGUGUUGCUGCACCCCCCUACCCCAUGUCAGACCUAAGUCCCACCCCCUUUAACCAGUAGUGACCAAUAAACAACGUGACCCUCUUUGAAAUGACGUAGAAAUCGACCAAUCAGGACACCCGACAUCACAUUGUCUUUGGUUGCUGUUGUGGUUGUGUGUUUGCUAAAGAAAUGUGGUGUUGUUGUGUAUAGUUUGAAUGAGCAGUGACCGCUGUGGCUGACGAAGCUGGUCAUGUGACCAGGAAGAGACUAUUUCAUUGGUGCAGAGUGGAUGUGACCUCAUCUCUCUAGGAAGGAUCAUGACUUGAAGAUAUAAUCUGUUACAUUGUAUUGAGAACCACUUCACUAUAUAUCUACGGUGAUAUCACAGAACGGAAUAUUUGAAUGGCCCUACGGGUCUACGGGUCGUGUGUGGAAUGGUUUCAUCUCCAGGUUGAAAUAAGGGUUUCUAAUACUUGUGUACCAAGUAGAGGUCCGAAGAUGCUGUACAAGAACCAAGCCCAAAGGGACCAGGCACUGUCUUAUAUAAGGCCCAAGACCGCAGCAGAGUCUGAAGGAGCUCCAAGCGACCUCCAUCCAGAAAAAGCAGUUAUAUAACUAACUGAUGAAAAGAGACACAGCAUGUGCUGUUUGACUCACCAUCGAAUCUCGUUACCAAUCAUUUGUUUGUGCUAUAAUCUUUAUUGGAUUACCUUGAAUGUUUUUAGACAUAAAAUAAUUUAUAAUAAUUAUAAUAACGAUAGUCAAAAAUAAUUUAUUAAAGUUGAAGGAAAAAAAAACUCUAACCGCUUUCGGGCCCCAGGGUCAAAGUUUAUCGAGGCUCAAGACCAAUGGCAGUCAGUUCAGACCCAAAUCCGAUCAGAAGUAGAUUACUAGACAAGACUGUAUCCAAGAACCCAUUUGGUUCCGAUCCCACACCACCAGGUUGGUUUCGGCUGUGCCUGGCUGGGGUGGUCCAAAGACACCUCAUUAGAAUAGCAAGCAGCUAAAGAAGAAUCUACUGGGGGCAGUUACCGCUCUUUAAACGGUUUCUUAAGUCAUUCCGUGCAUGCCCUCCGCUGCUUCGACGAAAGACACGCAUCGCAGCAACGUCGCCAUGGAGACGGGCUGGAGAACGAGGACCAAACGAAAAACGCAAAGCACAUCACUGGAAAGACUGGAUGGGGGACGGCUUCUGGCGCCCCCUGCCGCUGGCAGAGUGUAACGACGCGAAAGAGUCGCUUCCUUGGAGUUCAGCCCCCCCUUCCCGUUAUCGCAGACACAUAGGAAGCCGAUAUUCUUCAUAAUACUGUGAUAACUGUUCCUGUUUAAAUGUUAGAUCAGAUCUGAUCAAUAAAAAGAACGAAUGAC